UCUAAAAUCUAGUAAGCUUUGCGUAAACGUGAAGGAAAAAACAAUUGGUGGAAAUACAAAUACCUAAAAAAAUAAAAUUGGUUGAAGGAACCUGCGAUACAUUGAAAAUCUGAUUCUUUUUUCUCUCUCUUCAACUUGGUGCGGCGGCGGCGAAGGAUACGGCGUAGUUGGUGGUGCUACUGGUGGUUGCCGGUUAUGUAGCGACUCUUAUUAAGGGAAAAAUCUAAUGUUUACCCACCAGAUUUUCGCCGGAGAAGAUGGCGGAGUUAGCUGUGUUGAUUGAUCUGAUUCUACCGUUUUUUUGAAGCAAAUAUUGUAUUUGUUCAUACCCAAAUUUCAGGUGUAUUUUUGUUGCUCAAUUUUGGAGCUGACAAUUGAUUUCUAAUGAAGUUAUGUUAUUUAAAAAUAUAUUCUUGAGCUGUGCUAGAAAUUGUGUAAAUAUCAAAAUGUCUUUAUGAAGGUGGGUGUUCUAAGUUGUGGAUGUAUUGUUGUUGCUUAAAUUUUGGAAUGGGAUAGCGGGUUCCUGAAAAAAGUUCUCAUUUUGCAAAUAUCUAUGUUUAGUUUCAUCUUUAAUGUAAUGAGUUGGACUCGAAUGGUGCGAAAUGGUUGCGGAGGAUUCAUUUAGCCGGCCUUGACUUUGUUUGGAAUUAAGGCGUAAUGGAUGAUGGAGUGACACAAUAUUAUACAUCUCUAGCUUAUGAGGGCAUGACUCUAAAUAGGAAGAUUUGGAGGUCGAGUAUUAGGACAGGAAGGAAAGGUCUUGUUGAUUUGAUCAAUAGAGAUGUCAUUCAAGAGCAUUGUCCGCGAGCUGAAGGAAAUGAAAAAUGGGAUAGGGUUAUCAAGGAGAGGAGAAGUAGAAGGAAGGCACUGGCGCAACAGAACUCGGUCACAUAUAGCUCCUGAUGUGGUUCCUUUUGAUCCCAAUCAACAAGGGCAAUGGGCAAAUAUACCACCGGAACUGCUUUUGGAUAUUGUCCACAGGGUUGAAGAGAGUGAGACAUCAUUUCCUGCUCGGACAGCAGUAGUCUAUUGUGCAUCUGUUUGCAAGUCAUGGAGGGAAGUUACGAAAGAGAUUGUCAAGACUCCUGAAGAAUGUGGUAGGCUUACAUUCCCCAUUUCACUAAAGCAGCCAGGUCCCCGUGAAUCCCCAAUUCAUUGCUUUAUCAAACGGGACAGAGCUAAUUCGGUUUUUCGUCUCUACUUUGGUUUGACUCCAUCUGAGGAUAUGAGUGAUAAACUAUUGCUGGCUGCCAAAAGGAUCAGAAGGGCAACAAGCACAGACUUCGUAAUUUCAUUGGUUUCAGAUGAUUUUUCUCGAGCUAGCAGUACAUAUGUCGGCAAACUGAGAUCCAACUUUCUUGGAACCAAGUUCACCAUAUAUGAUAGCCAACCUCCAAGUGAUGCAGCGAUUCAACAUCGUGGUAGACUUAGUCGACGUUUCAGUGCUAAGCAAGUAUCCCCAACAGUAUCUGCAUGCAAUUACAGUAUAGCCACCAUUUCCUAUGAACUCAAUGUUCUCCGUACAAGGGGACCUAGGAGAAUGCAUUGCGCCAUGCAUUCCAUCCCUUUCUCCUCUAUCCAAGAGGGAGGCAGUGCUCCAACGCCUACAUCAUUCCCACAAUCUUUUGAUGAGAGGCCCUCUAAAGCCAAGGAGCCAGCUGUAAAUAUCAGCUCAUCAGUGUCUGGGCCUUCUCGAGAGCCACUUGUGCUUAAAAACAAGGCCCCUCGAUGGCACGAACAAUUGCAGUGCUGGUGCCUAAAUUUCAAAGGCCGCGUGACAGUGGCAUCCGUGAAAAACUUUCAGCUUGCGGCAGCAGUUGAUCCAUCUCACAAUAUACCAGCUGCAGUACAAGAAACUACAAUUUUACAAUUUGGGAAAAUUGGAAAAGACAUCUUCACCAUGGAUUACUGCUACCCGCUCUCCGCCUUCCAAGCUUUUGCAAUCUGCUUGAGCAGCUUCGACACGAAACCAGCGUGUGAAUGAUUUCGUGCUCAGAUUGUAAAUUCUUGAUGUUUUUCUAACAUCAGGUUGCUGCAUAAUGUUAUGAAUUAAUGUUUAGUCAAUCUGAGAAGUUCUAAAUGGAAGGCAAUAUUUAUCAAUGAGAAUAUCAGUAUGUAACUAACAUUAACUGUUGCUAAGAUAGUUUGUAAGUUCUAUAAUUCAAUACUAAAUAUCUAUUUAGAUGGGAAA